UCCCUGCGCGGGCACACACACACACAUACACGCACGCACACACACUCUCUCACACACACACACACACACACAUACACACACUUUUUACUGGCUCUCUGGGCGCGCAUGUGUGUGUGUGUGGACGUGGACGGUGAUGAGAGCGGCAGCUUGCGCUGAGAGUCUGGAGCCAGCCCGGAGCUCUGACACCAGCAGCACCAGCAGGAGAGGGAGGCGCGCGGAGGGACUCACCCGACUGUCAGCACUCUCGCUGGGAUAGCGGCGGUGGCAGCAGCCCCCCCAUGCCUCGGAGGAGCCGGAGCACUGGAUUACACCCGCACGGCUGAAGGAGCGGUGAUUAGGAGCAGCACACACACAGACACUGUCACACACAUUUACACACACACACACACACACACACACACACUUACACAGACACAUGCUCAAGUGUAAACACUAUUGACAGCUAAGGCUGUGACGAGCAGACACAGUCAUACUUAAACUUGUGAGCAGGAGGCAAUGUGGACAUUCCACACACACCUCUGAAGCUGUCUGGAGUCCUACACACACACACACACACACACACACACACACACACACACACACAGUCAGUGUCCUGGAACUGAAGGGGUGUCGGAGCGAGCGGGCGAGCAUGACCGGGCUCCGGCCGGUGGUCUGGAUGCCAGAGGCUAAAGGCAGCUGAGGCCAGCGCGCCAGAAGAGACGGACGUUCAGUUGACCAGUUUGAAUUUCACGAGCCGGACGUGGAGCCAGGACAUUCUUCUUCCUCCUCUGCCUCCUCUCGGUCUCCUGCGCCUCCCCGCCUCCCUCUGCUCUCCUCCACCGCUGGGCUGACGAGGGGGAGCGCCGCGCCGUGUAACGUAGCGUAGCCUCGGAGUCUGGAUUAUCCGGUCGGUUUGGGAAGAGUUUUGCGUUUUUGCGUGUCGGAGCGGCAUGAACUCCGGAGCGACCAUGAAGACGGGCAGCGAGCCCUCGGUGGAGGUGGGCGAGCUCCACCUGGCAGCGCUGGCGUCUCUGAAGGGGGACGUGCUGGAGCUCAACAAGCGGCUGCUGCAGAGCGAGCGCGAGCGCGACCAGCUGGAGAAGCGGCUGGCCAAGGCCCAGUGUGAGCAGUCUCACCUGAUGCGUGAGCAUGAGGACAUGCAGGAGCGGACGACGCUACGUUACGAGGAGCGAAUCACAGAGCUGCACAGCAUCAUCGCCGAACUCAAUAAGAAGAUAGACCUGCUCCAGGGCAGCACCAUACGGGAGGAGGAUGAGUAUUCGGAGUUGCGCUCGGAACUCAGCCACAGCCAGCAGGAAGCCAACGACGACCCCGACCAGGAGCAGGCGUCCAUCUCGCUGCCCGAGAACCAGUCCACGCUAGUCACCGCUGACAUGGAUGCGUGUAGCGACCUGAACUCGGAGCUGCAGCGGGUGCUGCUGGGGCUGGAGAGCGUGGUGUGCGGCCGCAAGAAGAGCACCUGCAGCCUGUCCGUGGCCGAGGUGGACCGGCACAUCGAGCAGCUGACCACCGCCAGCGAGCACUGCGACCUGGCCAUCAAGACGGUGGAGGAGAUCGAGGGCGCGCUGGGCCGGGACUUCUACCCGAGCCUGUCGGAGGAGCGUGCGCGCUGGGAGAAGGAGCUGGCCGGGCUGCGGGAGGAGAACGAGAGCCUGACCACCAUGCUGUGCAGCAAGGAGGAGGAGCUCAACCGCACCAAGGCCACCAUGAGCGCCAUCCGCGAGGAGCGCGACCGCCUGCGCCGACGGGUGCGUGAGCUGCAGACGCGUCUCCAGAGUGCUCAGCCCAGCGGCCCCUCCAGCCCUGGACGCCUCACGCCGGCCAACCGGCCCAUCAACCCCAGCACCGGAGAACUCAGCACCAGCAGCAGCAGCAACGACAUCCCCGUGGCCAAGGUGGCUGAGAGAGUGAAGCUGUCCAAAACACGCUCGGAGUCCUCCUCCACAGAGAGACCCGUCCUGGGCUCGGAGAUCAGCAGCAUCGGGGUGUCGAGUAACGUGGCUGAGCACCUGGCCCACUCCCUGCAGGACUGCUCCAACAUCCAGGAGAUCUUCCAGACGCUCUACUCCCACGGCUCCGCCAUCUCCGAGAACAAGAUCCGCGAGUUCGAGGUGGAGACCGAGAGGCUCAACAGCCGCAUCGAGCACCUGAAGUCCCAGAACGACCUGCUGACCAUCACGCUGGAGGAGUGCAAGGGCAACGCGGAGCGGAUGAGCAUGCUGGUGGGCAAAUACGAGUCCAACGCCACCGCACUCAGACUCGCCCUGCAGUACAGUGAGCAGUGUAUAGAGGCCUACGACCUGUUGUUGGCCCUGGCUGAGAGCGAACAGAGUCUAGUGCUGGGUCAGUUCAGAGCGGCCGGCGUCGGCACUGUGGGAGAGCAGACGGGCGAGGAGAGCGUGACGCAGGCGCUGAAGCGCGCACACGACUGCCGUAAGACGGCGGAGGCGGCGGGUAAGGAGCUGCUGGGGCGUCUGGACGGGAGCUGCGGAGCCUUCAGCGGCAGUGGGUGCAGCACACAGCCCUGGGAGAGCCUGUCCUCCAACAGCCACACCAGCACCACCAGCUCGACGGCGAGCAGCUGCGACACGGACUUCUCCAAGGAGGACGAGCAGCGGCUGAAGGACUACGUGCAGCAGCUGAAGAACGACCGGGCGGCCGUGCAGCUGACCAUGCUGGAGCUGGAGAGCGUGCACGUGGACCCCCUCAGCAGCGAGCUGCGCCCGCGCACAGACUCCCAGCGCCUGGACCUGGAGAACGCCGUGCUCAUGCAGGAGCUCAUGGCCAUGAAGGAGGAGAUGGCGGAGCUGAAGGCGCAGCUGUACCUGCUGGAGAAGGAGAAGAAGGCGCUGGAGCUGAAGCUGAGCACGCGGGAGGCGCAGGAGCAGGCCUACCUGGUGCACAUCGAGCACCUCAAGUCCGAGGUGGAGGAGCACCAGGAGCAGAGGAGGCGCUCGCUCGGCUCCACAGGGAGCAGCGCCGGCGGCAAGGACAAGGGCUCCAAGGACUGCGGGGAUUCGCCGGCCAUCAGCUUGUCAGACCUGCGGACGCUGAGUGACAGCGACAUGGCCAUGGAGCUGACCAACGCGCUGAGGAGAGAGAAGAAGCUGAAGGGGCGUGUGCAGGAGCUGGUGGCCGCGCUCGAGCGCCUGACCAAGAGCAGCGAGGUGCGACACCAGCAGUCGGCCGAGUUCGUCAACGACCUCAAACGGGCAAACAGUAAUCUGGUGGCGGCGUAUGAGAAGGCCAAGAAGAAGCACCAGAACAAGCUGAAGAAGCUGGAGUCCCAGAUGAUGGCCAUGGUGGAGCGCCACGAGACGCAGGUGCGCAUGCUCAAGCAGCGAAUCGCCUUGCUGGAGGAGGAGACGUCCCGCCCACACACCAACGAAACCUCCCUCUGAGCCCACAAGCCGCUGGCCCUCCAGACCUGUCCAUCAAACAGGAGCAGCCAAUAGGAGAUGGAGAUCCACCACACACACACACACACACACACACACACACACACACACUCUCUCACACACACACACACACUCACAACAUAUAGUCUCCCCUCUGCCCAAAGACAGCUUGCAGUCCUCUGAGGGGCACAUACCUGACCAUGUGACUGUCCACGCUGUACACUCAUUGGCUGCAGGGAGAGCCAGGACUUCCUGGUUGGUAGAUGUCGAGUGACAGCUGUCAGUCACCACUGGAGCGCUUAACUCUCGCCAGACUGUUUCAUCCUUCCUCCUCCUCCUCCUCUUCCUCCUGACAUGGUGAUAGCUUUUUAUCAUGCAUAUUUUUUUGGAGAGCACUAUGAAGACAUAAAAGCUGACUAUCCGUGCUGGACUAAACUCAGUAUUCAAAUCUUAUGUUUAUCUUUAAUAUGAUACUCCUCUCCUCUUUUUCUAAAACUUCAGUAUUUCACUGCAGAUCCUUUAAGGUGCAUUUUUUGUAAGUUUUUGGGCUCUUCUGAUUGGUUUUCAAGCAUUUACCUGAAAUGUGUGUGCGUGUGUGUGCGUGUGUGUGUGUGUGUGCCCAACUCUUCCUCUUUCAGACACAGGUCUACGCCAGUCUUUUUCUGAACAAAAAAAAAAAGAAAAGAAAACAGCCAACCAAGCUCAGUGCCCAGCUCAGCCUCACACUAUCAGUACCUCACCUGAGAGAAAUACUUUUGCUUACACACUGUUUGUAUCUACCAGUGAGUUAUCUUCCAUACAAACCAAGGCCUUCUCUGCCCUGAAGCAACUUGUCAGAGCUACACAACACAAAACAGUAGGGCGUCUACAGUCAACUCAUUUAGUCAGUUGCAGUUAUAUUUGGGUCCUUUUGAAGUUUGAAUGGAUUGCAAUAAUUCAGUCAUGCAGUAUUCUCAAUCUCUUUUUUACUAAAUUUCCUUUAAAAAUGUUCAGCAGUAUCUACAGUAUUAUAUGUUGACUUGACCUUGUCAGGGAGAACACCGACUGUAAUUUCCUUAAAUAUUCAGUUACCUUACAGGGAGACAAGCACAUCACUUGCACACGUACAGUACACUGAAACAGCUUCAGAUGCAAAAACAGCAGGCUUGGAAGAGUUUAGCUCAUGAAUGUUGGAUUGAGAAUGUAGCCUAUUCCGUGAAAGCACAGCAAUACACCCAAACCAGUGAUGCAAUAGCGGAGGAUAUUCAGUCAAAGAUAUUCUUUCUUUCUUAUCUCAGAAUUCACACAAGCCAGCUUUACUGAAAUUACAGUCCAGUUUAGAGUUAGAAGACCUAGUUCAUUUGUGUACCUGCUCCUUGUUCAGGAAGCUGAACUGUUAAACAACUAAGCAACUAAAUAUUGUUUAGCCCAAAUGUUUUUUUCUGUAACUGCAGUCUGAGCCGAACACUACAGAUAAAUGCCGGAAAAAAAGAAAGAAAAAAAACAGUUAACAGAACACAAGUUGUAGUAAUAAAUGGACAUUCUGAUUGCUAGCAGUCACUGAGUUUCUUUGGCACAAGAAAUGAAUUGUUUUUUCAAUAACACCUACUACAGCCAUACAGUACUGUGAAACUCGUUAAAGUGGUUUGUCUCUGUUUUCCCAUUCAUUCAGUACUGGUCAACCCCUCUCCUGGCCAUACAUACACGUUCUUAGGUGGCCAGAGCAGUUCUCUUCACUCACAUAGCCAGGCCCCAGUCACCACAUUGCCUUAUUUCAACUUCUUUUCUGGUAAAUUCUGUCAACCAGACCUCGGUCCUUACCAAUGGCUGCUGAGCUUUCACAAAACCGACACGCUCCUGUUUUUUUGUUUGUUUGUUUUGUUUUGACUAUCCUUUUACUCAAAGCAUUUACAGGUUUCCCGUAAGGACUGGUGGUGUCCAGAUCCAAAUGUGUGUCCGUCGUCUCCAAACACAAAUGGGUGUUCCGAUGCUCUGUACUGUAUGGGUCAAGGAACUGACACACAUCUGUCCUGUCCUAUCCAGGAUAGUGCUACUAGUUUAGAAUGACAGGCACAGAUCCUACAAGCUCGACCCAGAUCAUAUUUUGCCCAUCAGUAAAAAGUUACUGACAGUUCAACCACUGGGGAUAAGUCUACAUACUCAUCACAAAGCAACUUGUCUCAGCUGUGAAGACUUAUUGAGCAGUUGACGUGCUAUAGAAAUGGAACUCGUGGAUAAAAAUGUAUGUCUGGCCUGUUACAGGAUUGUCAAUGCACUUCUUUGCAUAAAAAGCAAAACUGCAGCAAGAAACCAACCUUUCCCCUUCUUAGCAAACAAGGAAAGCUGAGAGGGAGUUCAGCUGUGGGAUGGGGAAUGAUCAUCUAAUUUUGCACAGAUCUGUUUUUUUUUUUCUCAAAUCUUUGCAAUCAUCGUUUUAUUUUACUAUAGAAUGUAUUUGUUUAUAUAAUAAAUAAAUGAAUAAAUCAAGUAA